AUGGGUCUCUACACAGAAGAGACGUACAAGAAGUAUGGUCCUCAUUGGAAGGAGAACCUCUUCUACUCUCAUCUGUUAUCUCUGCCGCUCUUCUUGCCCUUCCUGCCUUCUCUUGUGAGACAGUAUGGAAGGCUGGCCAACAGCACUCCCCUCUCACUCACACCGUGGGCGGCUGGCAAGUCCGAACCAUCUGUCGACGGAACUUCUGUUUAUCUGAGCGGAAUCCAAGUACCCAGCCAGCUUGCCUACCUUGCUAUCAAUGUUCUAACGCAGUACGCAUGCAUUCGAGGCGUCAACCUUCUGGCAGCAGCCUCGUCCGCCUUGACUGUUACAAUUGUCCUCAAUAUACGGAAGCUGGUCAGUUUGUUGUUGAGCAUCUGGUUAUUUGGGAACACCCUUGCCACUGGAACGUUGGUAGGGGCUGUAGUGGUGUUUGGGGCUGGAGGCUUAUACUCGCUUGAUUCCAAAAAGAAGCCAACGCGAACGCAGCCGAAGCAAGAUCCCGAUUUGAAAUAG